GGGUUCCGAGAGCGGAUGCUCAGAGACCCGGGCGAAUCCUUGGGCGCCCCGAGGCUCAGCCCAGGAAAUGCGUCCCGGUUCUGGGGUUACGAGGGGAGCUGUCCAGCCCCACGGGCUGUCCUGAAGCCCCAGGAGUCCCUGGCUCAGCUUCUUCCCACUGAAGACAGCUUUAAGUCAGAAGAGAACAAGAUGGAACUCUAUAAGAAUAAUGCCCAGGCAUGCUGGCAAUACUAUACACAGCAGAUGGACGCCAUCCCCAAGGAUUGGUGCGACUGGACCAUGAUUAGCAGGCCUUAUAGCGACCUGCAGUGUUGCUUGGAGGAUUUAGCAGAAGCAUUUGGCCUGGGCUUCCCCAAUCCCUUGGCAGAAGAGAUCAUCUUUGAGACUCACCAGAUCCACUUUGCCAACUGCUCCUUGAUGCAGCCCACCUUAUCAGACCCUCCAGAGGAUGUGCUCCUGGCCAUGAUCAUAGCCCCCAUCUGCCUCAUCCCCUUCCUGGUCACCCUGGUGGUGUGGAGGAGUAAAGACAGCGAGGCCCAGGCCUAGGGUGGUGUGAGCUCUUCUUAGCAGCCUUACUUCUUACUCUUAUUCGUUCCCCUGCCACCGCCAGCUCUCUCUCUUCCCCUCCCUGCCUCCUUCUCUCACUCCCACUCCCACCACAGACCCUUGGAUUGCUGGAAAUGGAAGUCCAGUGGUGACCCAAAUUUUGUAAUCUUCAAAAUAAAACCUUUCUCUCUCUCUU